AGAAGUACCUGUGCGGCAUGGUGAAGACCAGAAAGUCUACUUAGAACUGAGAAGAAAGGCAUCAUACAAAGCAUGGUGGAUGCGAGUGCUGCUUGCAGAAUGAACCCGCUCGCUGGACUCGGCAUUGAUCAUGGCAGCCUAAUGAGAGAGAGCCUCCGUGUUCACGGGGGAAUGGUUUACCCUCCGGGAAUUCGGACCUUGCCAACUGAGAAAGGCUAUGCCGGUGACCGUGUUCCUGAUUUACUCUAUAAACCUGACGUGUCUUUGGACAGCAGAAAGGCAACCAAUGGCUAUGUUGACCUUUACAAAAGCCCACCUCCGGGGCUUCAGAAACCUAUUGUGGUACCUGGGGCCACAACUGAUGCCUUGGGCUUGGAUCGGCGAGUCGGGCCUGCUGACAAACCAUCAGAGCUUGGGCUAAAUGGCAGCAGCAGCUUCUUGCGACUCCCCUGGGUGAGCCCUUACCAUGAUGCGGGAAUGUACCCUUUCCUGGACUCCAGCAAAUACGCUGCACUAAACAUGUACAAGGCUUCGUUCAUGUCGCAGCCCUCUCCCUACUUGCCCCAGCAUCUGACCUACCAGUCCUUGUGUGCAGGUGCUGGUGGUAGUGCGGCUGGUACGGAACGCUUGUUCUACAUGCCUCCAUAUACCCCAGCACCAAUCUCAUCCCCUCUUGCCCCUCCUUUGAGGAUCCCCACGGCAACUGUAGCCCCUACAGCACUGUCUCCACUGAUGCACUGCCAGGAUAAAUCAAUACAGAGCAUUGGGCCCCGGAUACAUCACGAGCCCUCAGCCUUUGGGCAGCAGCUCCAUCAGCAAGCACAGUCCCAUCAUCAGUCCCUCAACGAGAGGCAACACAGCAAUAGUGGCAGUGGUAGCAGCAGUGGGAGCAGCAAAUCCAGCCGAAUCCCAUCAAGUAAGACUUCAAGCAGCAGCAACAGCAGUAGCAGCAGCAGCAACAGCAGCAGCAGUAGCAGUACUGGGAUCAGUAGCAGCAGCACCUGUGUCCCAGUUGACUCCACUGCCACACUGGUGAUGCAGUCGCCUCGUCCAACUCCUCGGCCACCACAGCCAUCUGUUCCCCCGCCCCCACCUCCACCCCUUGUCGACAGCACUUUGGACUUCCAGAAGUCACUGUUCAGGAGCCCCUCUUCUUCUUCAUCCUCUUCUCCAGCAAUGUCCCACCCUUUCUACAUGAGCGCCAUAACCCAAGAGCAUCGCUCCCCAGCACGGUCUGCCAGCCAGAAGCCUAAGUCCAAAGAGGGGAGUGUGGAGCACAGGAGUAGCAGUGGCGAAAGGAAGUCGAGCAAGUCACCCUCAAAGACCUCAUCCGAGAAGCCGCCACAACAGGCUCAGACCAAAGACCCUGCAGAUAAACCGCUGGAUUUGUCUGCUAAAAUUAUGGAGUUUGAAGGGCCCCCCAAUGGAUUCCCUCCAAAACUUGAGGCUUUGGCUAAGCUGGGGUACUCCUCUACAGCCCGAUAUGGACCCCCUACAAACCGAGACCUUCUCAAGGAUGCUCUGUCUCCUGCAUCUGCUGCAGUCAGCACUUCAUCUAAAACGCCUGAGAGGCCUGAAAUUAUAAGCACUUUACAGUCUUCCUGGAUGGUGCCCAGCCCUGCGCCAGCUGUUGGCUCAGACUCCAGCCAGAACAAAAGCUCCACUGUGAUCAAAAACAAGAAUCUGGAGCAAGUUAUGCCACAGCAAAGAAGCUCCUCCUGUCCAAGGAUUGGAGAGGCCAAUAAUGCCGUUGUCCCUAAUCCCACUCCCGUUGUUGUGACUCCUGCUGGCCGGCCAGCCUCAGCAUCGCCCUCUCCCAAGAACGGCGAAUGGCCCAAGUCUGCUCCUACCCCUCCAGAGAAGCCACCAGCUACAAGCCGUGUUAACAGUCACCCAUCAGCUGUCAAACCAGCAAAGACCCUGAAAAAACCUGAGGGUCAAGAAAUCAGCUUCAAACCUCAGCAGCCCCACUUAGAAAAUGGACACCCACCCAGUCAUCUGUAUAUGCCCCAGGGUGAUGCCUACCUAUCCCACAGCUUGGCAUAUGCCAACAGGUACCUCCCAUACCCUGUCCCUGAUAGUAUGUCUCUCCCCCACUUGCAGUUGCCUGGCAAGGGUCCGGUUUAUCCCCACCCAGUUCUACUUGGUAGCAACAGCCUGUAUCCAGCACGUUUGCCCCCAAAGCAUGGCCUCCCAUAUGGAAUACCUCCAAGUCAUGGAGAUUACAUGACCUACCAUGACUCCCAAGAGAUGGUUCACCCAUUGAUGUCCUCACACAUGUCUCUAGACCCCAAAGUCAGUGAACGUUUGGAGGUCAGAUCCAGACCUCAGGAGAAACCUUGGCAUCAUGAGGAAUCUCCUUAUAAGAGGCAGAGUGCCUCAGACGCUGAUACAUCUUACAAGUCUGAGAGAGAGUCAGAAAAGCCAGAGGUUCUGGGCUCAAAGCCACAGAGCAAAACUCAGGCAGUGGGUAAAGACGAGAUCGUCUGCAUCGACUUGGUUCAAGAUGACACAGAUGGCAGUCCUCAGACAAACAAAUACAGCGUGAUCACUGCCAAGAGGAGAGAUCCCACCAAGCCGGACGGUAGCAGCUCUGGGAGUGGCAGCAAUACUGAGGGGAAGGAGCCAGAACUCAUGCAGAUCCUGCGCUCAGGCCAGCCCGCAGAAGCCAGGCCAGCUGAGUCCGAACGACAGCCAGAACCCUGCAGCCAGCCCAGGCCUCAGGAGCAGCCUGACUCCCCCAGGCACAGUCAGGGCGAGGAGAGUCCCAGUGAGCAAAGCCCACUGCCCGACAUGCUGGAGGAGCAGACCCUGCGUUGUGCCAGGACCUCCGGCGACAGGAAGACUGCCGGCGAGACGGAUUUCAAGCCCGAUCGGCACCACGCCAUCCGGCAUUACAUGAAUCUGGGAAAGGACUGCCCAGAGGAUACAGAGUCUCAUGAAGAUGAGGAGGAGGGUCACGGCUCUUCCAAAAACAAGAGGUCCAGCUUGGCCAAGAGGAUUGCCAACUCAUCAGGCUACGUGGGUGACCGGUUCAAGUGUGUCACCACUGAGCUAUAUGCUGACUCCAGCAAGCUGAGCAGAGAACAACGUGCCCUUCAGAUGGAAGUCUUAUCACAAGAGGACAGUAAUUUAAGUCAACCUGCUGCUAACCGUCAGCGUGCUAUGAUGCGCUUCUCGGAGCUGGAGUUGAAGGAGAAGGAGGGAGGUGUGCUGGCGGGUCGGGAGUUGGCAGACAGCCAGCAGCGCGGUGAGGGAGACUGGGAACGCAGCCAGCACAGCUCCAGGCCGGGACCCACAGCCCUCACAGACAACAGCCAGAGGAACGGUGUGCAGCCGACGUGCACAAACAACCGAGUUCCCGUCCUCCAGCGAUGCGGAGUCCUGCUCGACAGCCCGCAGCCCAGGCGAGCGGAGGAGAAGAGAGAGAAGGAGGAGAGAGAGAAGGAGCAGGGGGGGGCGGGGGCGGCUGCUGCUGCCGCCGCUGUGCGGGACGUGUCCUCGGGCUCGCUGUCAGUGGAAAGACAAGCAGUGAGGGAAGCGAGCCACGGCCCAGCGUCGGCACGGAAACACACUCUCUCCCUGGAGCACGGCCAAGCCCACCCCGACACCAGGCAGGGAACCAGGGAGAGAGAGAACGGAUUAGAAGAAGAGGAGGAGGAGGAGGAGGAGGAGACGAGUGCCCCGGCGAAGAGAGCCAAACUGAUUACGGACGCCUGGCCGGAUCGUUGUGCCUCUCACCAGCCCAGCGAACAGGAAGUGAAAAAGCUCAAGGUUUGUAUCGAGCUCACAGGACUGCGCUUGAGCAAACCCCACCCACUCCACCACCUACAGGAACUGUGGGAGGGGCAACUGGCUAAUGAAAGGACAGAGGUCACCGCUGCUGACCCUGUCAACACCACUCAACUCACCCAGGUGGACCAGUGCCGGUCGGAGGUCAACAACACUGACCGAAAGGUCAAGGUCAGCUUGCCUGAGGACAAGGUUGCCAAGAGGAGGUCAGAGGUGGAGAGGAGCUGGUGCAAGGAAACCCUUGGUUACACAGAACCAAACCCAGUCUUGCCUGCCCCUCCCCUUCCCGCGGCCCAGCGAGGCUUCUCCGAUCCGUCUGCUCCGGAUCUUUCUGGCCGUAAAGCAUCUCCCCUGGCCCCUUCGCGCCUCUCAGACAAGCGCCAUCGGGUAAAAGAGCACCGCAAGGCCCCGCCUCACGACUCCUCCUCUCCCGAUCCCGACAGCGACCUCACGCCCAGGCUCCGUCGUCACGGCGACCCAGAGAAACCAAAGGGCAAGCGACAGUGCAAGACCAAACACCUCAGCCAACGGGAACGCAGGAUGUUGUCUCAGUCUAUCCACGACUGCCCCGAGCUCAGCCCACAGCAACAACACAAGGUGUGUGUGAAGAGAUCAGCUUCUCUGUCGGAUUACGAAUCCUCCCCGACACCCCCAGUCGCCCCGGCCCCGACGCCCAAUCCCAACACGCCCGCCGAACCCCCCGUCAGUCGCCCCAUGCCUCCCGAAGCCCGCCGUCUCAUAGUCAACAAAAACGCCGGCGAAACCCUUCUGCAGAGAGCUGCUCGCCUUGGCUAUGAGGAAGUGGUGCUCUACUGCCUGGAAAACAAGGUGUGUGACGUGAAUCACCGUGACAAUGCGGGUUACUGCGCGCUGCACGAGGCCUGCGCGCGCGGUUGGCUCUCUAUAGUACAGCACCUCGUCGAGCACGGAGCCGACAUUAACUGCAGCGCCCAAGACGGAACGAGACCUCUUCACGACGCUGUGGAGAACGACCAUUUGGACGUGGUCCGGUUACUCCUCUCAUACGGUGCCGACCCGACUUUGGCCACUUACUCUGGCCGCAGCCUUCUCAAAAUGACCCACAGUGACCUGAUGGAGGGAUUCCUGACUGAUUAUUUUGCUGAUCUGCAGGGCCGUGAUGAUGACGACCCAAAGCUGUGUUGGGACUUCUACGGUAGCUCAGUGUGUGAGCCAGGAGAGGACUCUGUAGCCUUCGACAUUCUUGCCAACCCACCGGGUCCAGGGGAGGACGAGGAGGAACAGAGGGAGGUGUUUGAAUUUGAGUUCUCUGACCGACCACUUCUGCCAUGUUACAACAUCCAAGUGUCACUGUCACAGGGGCCCAGAAACUGGCUGCUCCUCUCGGACGUUCUGAAACGCCUCAAGAUGUCCGCCCGUGCGUUCCGCACCACGUUCACGCACAUCGAGGUGGCGACCAUCGCCGAGGCCGAAUUCUACAAACAGGCAUCUCUGAGUCAGCUCUUCUCCUCCCCAGACGAGCUCGAGGGCUUUCUGCCAGACAGCAAGGAACUGCUGGACCUGGUGGAGAUCAGCGGCGAACUGGUGGCUCUCCUGGGCUCCUCCUUGGAGUGUCUGGAUGACCGGUGGGAACCUGUCCCCAAAGCCCGGUCCUGACCCAAAAGCUGAGGGGGG